CUCUCUCUCUCUCUCUCUCACCAUGGGAAGCAGGUCCUUGGCCUUGUCUAGGUGGGUUUUAAUUGUAGCCUUUCUUGUUGUUGGCUUAGCCAGGGAAACUUGUAACGCCAAGGAUGAAAGCACCAAGUGUACCUCUUCCUGCGGCAAUAUCCACAACAUAAGCUAUCCUUUCCGACUAAAACAUGAUCCAAAGCACUGCGGCAAUGUAAAGUAUACUCUGUCUUGUGAGAACGACAAUACACUUGUAGACGUACCUUCUUCUGGAAGAUACUAUGUCCGGGCAAUCAACUACCAUAACCAAACAAUCCGACUCGUAGACCCUGGCCUUCAGAACAACAAUUGCUCCUCCAUGCCUCGAAAUUUUCUUCCCGGGUUAAGAUUUCCAUAUUCUAUAGUCAAUACAAGGAGUUCACCGCUUUCAACGCCUAUAUUUUACAUCAUGUGUUCAAAUCCAGUGAAUUCUUCUCUGUACGUGGAAACGGCUCCAUGCUUGAACACAAGUGCUACUUCUUUGGUCCAACAAAAGACGUAUAGUUAUGUGAAGGUUGGGGCUAUGGUAGUGGGGGAUUUGAACAGGGGUUGCAGUGUAGGGUACGCUUCGGCGCUCUUGAACUACUCUAAGGACUACAUGCCAUCUUAUAAAUCCAUACACAGUGCGCUCAUGUAUGGCUUCGAGCUUGGAGUAUAUUGGCCUUACGAAAAGUGCCCAGGCCAAUGGACUUCUAAUUCUAAAUGUUUUCCACGCACCAUCCCAGGUUUAAUUCGAUUUCGAUGGGAGGUUACUAAAGUUUUCUUUUCUCGUGGAGACGUGUACGUUGCUAGACAUCCAUGCUUUGCCUUCCAAUCCAUCCGUAAGAUCUUGAAAUUCAUGCAAUAUAAACAGUUCUUCGAUUUUGUUCCCUCUCAAGUUUUUGAUUUUGUUCGCACUUUUUCUAUGUUUCUUGCAGGGCGUAGAUGGGGGCCACUCAUUUGCUUGGGUUCAUUUUUUGCAGCAAGACUCAUUUUUGGGGUUCCAUGUAUGAUCGUGUUCGUAAUCUAUACAUGGCGAAGACGACAUUUGUCAAUGUAUAGCGUCAUAGAAGAUUUUCUACAAAGUGAUAGCAACUUCUUGCCAAUAAGGUACUCUUACUCAGAAAUUAAGAAGAUGACUAAUAAAUUUAAGGACAAGCUGGGUGAAGGCGGCUAUGGCUCUGUAUUUAAAGGAAAGUUACGCAGCGGCAGUUUUGUAGCAAUUAAAGUUCUGGGCAAGCCCAAAGGUAAUGGACAAGACUUCACCAGUGAGGUAGCUACCAUUGGAAGGAUUCAUCAUGCUAAUGUGGUGCAACUUAUUGGUUAUUGUGUUGAGGGAUCAAAUCGUGCUCUAGUAUUUGACUUCAUGCCUAAUAGCUCUCUUGAUAAAUAUAUUUAUUCCAAAGAAAAAAGCAUGCCCUUAAGUUGCAAGAAAAUGUACGAGAUUUCUCUCGGAGUGGCUCGAGGGAUUGAAUAUCUGCAUCAAGGUUGUGAAAUGCAAAUUCUGCAUUUUGAUAUCAAGCCUCAUAAUAUUCUUCUUGAUGAGAACUUUAACCCAAAGAUUUCUGACUUCGGGCUUGCGAAAUUAUAUUCCGUAGAUGAUAGCAUUGUCUCUUUGACGGCAGCAAGGGGAACAAUGGGCUAUAUUGCUCCUGAGUUGUUCUACAAAAAUAUUGGAGGUGUUUCGUACAAAGCUGAUGUCUACAGUUUUGGAAUGUUGCUCAUGGAAAUGGCAAGCAGAAGGAAGAAUUUCAAUUCAAUGGUGGAGCGUUCAAGCCAAACCUACUUCCCGUCAUGGGCGUACGACCAAUAUAACAAGGGAAAUGACUUGGAGAUGGGAGAUUUUAAUGAGGAGGAAAAUAAAAUCAUAAAAAAGAUGGUUAUAACUGCAUUGUGGUGCAUUCAAAUGAAGCCAAGUGAUCGGCCUAACAUGAACAAAGUCAUAGAAAUGCUCGGAGGAGAUGUUGAAUGCCUAAAGAUGCCUAUCAGACCUUUUCUGUAUCCACAGGAGAUGCAUGCAGGUGAUGUUCAAGAAAAUUUGAACUCAAUAGGUCCCAACGGGGAGUUAACAUGGACUUUGUCAGGUAGGUGAUCAUCAAAUUGUUAGAAAAUGCAAUCAUUUAUUGUCUUUUUUUUUUUUUUUGUAGGACCUUUCCUAUUGAGAGGGGCGAUAAUAUACUAAGUUGAAGAAACUCUCGUCUUUAAAAUCAGGAGGAAUUAAAUAGUUUAUGUUUUUAUGAGAUACUAAGGUGUUUUUAUGUUCCAAAUAACUCGGAUCAUUGCAAAACCUUAUAAAUAAAGAAACUCUUAAAAUUCAACUCCAUCAAAGAAUUCUUUGCCUUUCCCCAAAAAAAUAAAAACUAACUCGUACCAAA